AUGCUGUUGAUGUUGGCGCUCAUCGCGGUCUCCAGCAUCUUUCUGCUUGCCGUGUUGCAGCUGCGGCCCACGAGAUAUGGAAAGGCACAACCAGGCGCCCCUGAGCCUGAUGCAGUGUCAGUUCAGAUCGUUGUCCUCGGGGAUAUAGGGCAUAGCCCACGUAUGCAGUGCCAUGCGCUCAGCAUUGCACGGCAUGGCGGCCGGGUUUCACUUAUAGGAUACCACAAUUCUACCCCGAACCUGGAGUUGGUGGAACAUCCUCUUGUCUCUAUCGUGGCCCUGCCCUCUCCUCCACGGUUUCUGCAGUCAUCCAGCAAGCUUCUCUUUCCCGUCGUUGCCGUAUUAAAGGUUCUGCACCAAACAUGGCACCUGUGGGCUGCGCUGGCUUACCGUACGACCCCGGCGAAGUGGAUGUUAAUACAGGAGCUCUACCGUGGAAUCAGCCUACUAAGAACCGACUGCAUAUACCCGCAGAACCCCCCUGCAGCGCCAACACUCGCAAUUGCGCAGCUUGCCUGUCGUCUCCGGAAUACCCAUCUCAUCAUAGACUGGCAUAAUUUUGGGUAUUCUAUCCUUGCAUUGAAGCUUGGAGCUGCACACCCCAUGGUUAAGCUAAUGGCAUGGCAUGAAUAUUCGUUCUCCCAUUUUGCUACCGCCCACUUCUGCGUCAGCAACGCGAUGGCACGAGUGUUGCGUGAGCAGGUAAAAGUCAAGGGCCCUCUCCUCGUGCUCCAUGAUCGGCCUCCGACAAUAUUCAAUCCUAUUCUUGACGAGCGGGAGCGUCUUGACUUCCUGUCUUCCCUGCCCGAAACCAGCCCGUAUGCCAAAGAUAUCAUCCAAGGCCGAUGCCGACUUCUAAUCAGUUCAACCUCUUGGACACCGGAUGAAGACUUUUCUCUUCUUGUCGACGCUCUCUGUCGCUAUUCUAACUUGACCAAGUCCUCUCAUCCGAACCUUCCAUCUCUUCUUGUUAUCAUAACGGGAAAAGGACCUCAGAAGGAAAUGUACCUUUCCCAGGUUGCCAGCUUAACGGCGCGGGGAGAACUCUCUAAUGUAUCUAUAAAAUUAGUAUGGCUGGCUUUCGAAAGCUACGCUCGGCUACUUGCCUGUGCGUCGUUGGGAGUCUGCUUACAUACCAGCAGCAGCGGUGUCGAUUUGCCAAUGAAGGUCGUUGAUAUGUUUGGAGCCGGUCUUCCCGUCAUAGGGUGGGAUAGAUAUGAAGCCUGGCCCGAACUUGUCACUGAGGGCGUCAACGGAAAGGGGUUUGAUAGUGCAGAUAAGUUGCUGGAGCUUCUCACGAGCCUCUUUGGAGGGAGUGGAAGCGAUCUGAAAGUGCUACGAGACGGAGCUAUUCGAGAGAGUAGGAAUCGCUGGGAUGGGACAUGGGAUCCUAUAGCUGGGAAACUCUUCGAUCUAGUAGUUACUUAG